CAUAAACAAAAGAUUGUCACAUCUUAUGAAAUCUGGACAAAUGACAGACGUCACUUUAAUUGUUGGUCAAGAAAAAGAAUAUUUUCCAACCCACUCUCUGCUUCUCUGUAUACACAGCGAGGUGUUUUAUGCAAUGUUCUAUGGUUCUAUGGCGGAGAAAAGACAAGUGUUGCCUUGCCUGAAGAUGAUGUUAAAGCAUUUCGUGUUUUCAUAAAUUAUAUAUAUACAGAUGAAGCGGCAUUACAUUCAGUAGAUGAAGCCAUUCGUUCGUUGCAUUUUGCAGAAAAAUACAUGGUAAUGCGUAUGAAGAAGCAAUGUCUAUCAUAUCUUAUGAAUAAUAUAUCGUCAGAUACUGUUUUCGAUAUAUACGAAACAGCGUCCCUAUUUCAACAAAAUGAAUUAAAAACGAAAUGUUGGAAGUAUAUAACUCGCUACACGUCAAAUGUUGUUAAGCGAAACGACUUUAAAUACGUAAAAUAUGAAAUUAUUUUGAAGAUUGUAUCUGAAGAUUAUUUAUCGUUGAAUUCCGAAUUAGAUAUGUAUGACGCCGUUAUAAAGUGGGGUAAAGAAAAAUUCCAAGAUCAAUCUUCAGAAGAUUUUCGAAAAAAAUUACAGCCUUUGUUGGGUCAGAUCAGAUUUUUAAGCAUGACCUCUGCAGAGUUUGCGGAAUCUCCGUGCCAAGAUGGCAUCCUUACUAAAGAUGAACAGCUUGACAUACUUAGAGAAAUUGUAACCAGAAAGAAUUAUAAAAGUAACAAUAUCCAUGAUCAAUGGAGAAAGCCAAGAAUUGCUAAUAUAAUAUAUCGGUACUAAGGUUUCUCAUUUCCGGGAAAUUUGCCUCCAGCGGGAUUACGGGAAAAAUAAUUUCUUUUCCCGGGAUCCCGGGAAAUUUCGGGAUGAGAUAGUAAAAUAGAAUUUUAUAUGAAUAAAAAAGAUCAUACAGGAAUAUCAUAAAUUUGAAUAAUUUAAUUUAUUUUCUAGUAAGUAACUAAAAGUGUAGGGCCAAUCUCACCCAUACCGACGCGUUAGGCUCAAUUAAAUUAUGAGAGAGGUUGCGGCCGACG